GACGACGCACAGAACGGAAACAUUGUCGUUAUUCUUAUGAUGACAAGUGAGUGACUUCUUUACAUUCACUGAACUCUCGUUGACUCAGUGGAGACUUGAAAUCAACGUUUAUCGCGUCAGUCCAGCUCCAGUCACAGGUGUAUUAGCCAGGUUAGCUCUGACCUGGUUCAGAUGCAGGGGGUGAGCGAGGCCUCCAGCCUGGAUGAUGACAUGGUGGAUGGAGACCUGGGCGAUGGGAUGAGGCUCAGAUCAGCGUCCAGUCCGUCCUCCAGUAAGAAGACUGGGAGCCUCUGUGGUCUCCCAGAGUCUCUGAAGACACAGCAGAGAGUGAGCUGGAGGCUUCCACGCUGCGCUUCUCUGAACGACAUGUCCAAAGAUGAGCUGAAAGACAGACUGCAGGAAGCGAGUGAGGUCAUCGACGUGCUGUGCUGUGAACUGGAAGUGGCACAUCGUUACCUGGAGGGAAAAUAUCAGGCUCUGAAGAUCUUACAGGGAAAGGCCAUUCUGGACAAAGCCACGAGUCACACUAAAAGUCUGCUGCAGAAGAGUGACGAGAGGGCCAAAGCUCUGGAGAAGGAGGUGAACAGUUUGCAGUGGGAGCUCAGCUUCAGUCAGGUCCAAAUGAAGAAGGCUGAACAAUCCUGGGAGCAGAAAUAUAACCGAAUGGUGAGUGAGAACCAGAGUGUGAGCGACAGCCUGCAGGAACGAGAGCGCGAGAUCCAGCUGCUGCGAACAGAAAACUCUGAUCUGAGUCGCCAGUGUUUGGAGCUUCUCUCCAUGUUCAAUGUGAGGGAGCAGAGGGUUUACACAGGAACCAAACCUCAGUGCAGCGCAGAGAGACACGCAGGCGUCCUGGAGCUGGCCGUGUUGGGAGCCUGUCGCUGUCCUGGAGUCGUGGAAGCGUGCACCUGCAGUCGCACAGCUGCUGCCAGCAGGAAGCAGCUCAUGCAGCUGCAACAGGAGCUCGAUGCUCAGCGCGUGAGGCGAGAGGAGGCGUGGAUGGUUGCAGACGCUUUUCGCAUCGCCUUCGAACAGCAGCUGAGGAAACGCAGUGAUCACUUCCUGCUGCUGGCGGAGAACAACAUCCUGAAAUCACACCCGUGCAAAGCUGAAGGCGUUAACAAGAGUCCUUUAAUGGACGUAAGGAGGAGGUUGAGAGGAUUGCUGCCUCCUGGUUUGGAGCUGAAGAUGACUGAUGAGCUCUUAGACUCUCUCUACAAACUGCUGGACCUGCUGAAUGAUAAGGAGGAGGCGCUGGCCCACCAGAGGAAGGUGAGCAUCAUGUUAGCGCACAGUGCAGAGGAGCUGCAGAGACAGUUACACCUGGACUCACACUGUCAGAGCGCCGGGGCUUCAAAGUCACACGCUCACGAUCCACCAGGGACUCACAGGCAGUCUGAGCAAACAGCUGCUGCGUCACAACAACUGUCACCGUGUGUCACUGAUCCACCGUGUGUCACUGAUCCACGGUCAGCCCCGUCACACACCAACAACCAGCUCCUGUGUCACAGCAGCCACUAGUCUGAAAUCCAGAGUCCUGAACCAGCACGGGAUCCACCAGACAUGGUCAUCAUGUCUCAGCCACAGACGCAGCAGGUGUUGUUUGAGUGUCUCAGACUGAUGUGUGAUGUCACAUGUGCUGCUUGUAUUCGUUCAUUCCCAUUCACACAUGCAUUGCAGAGGUAAGGAGCAACAUGGGGUUAACUGUCUCACCCAGUGUUGUGUGUUGCAUCAGGAGUCCUCCCAUGAUGCAACACACAACACCUGAGUUACAAACACGGCUGCUUUUGUCGUUCAUUGGAAUUCUUUCAUAUUUGUUUCACAGUAAAUCAUUAAAAUCAACCGCUUUCCAAGAGGCUUAUUUUUAAAUGCCACUAGGGGGCGUCUGUGUCAUCCCAGUCAC